UAUUGGCACAAUAUUGGGGCGAUACCCACUGAGAAAAAAGAGCUCUGGAAGAGCUCCUGGAACUCUAUGAUAAGCUCCGUUAGUAGAGUAGAUUAAAGAGUAAAUUUUAUAAUGCCUAUAUAUUGAAUCAGUUUCACUUUUUAUAUAAAAAUUAUACACUCUAUGCAAUAGUUAGCACCUUUAAGUAAUGUAUUAGAUUUUUCGUGUGCAUGAUAUUAAUUUUUAGUUUAGUCGUUUAAAUGAUGUUAUAGUUAGUAGGGUUCUUUGCAGAACUCUUCCGAAAGAGCAUUUGCAAAAAUGCGCUAAUUGUUGCAUUAAAGCGCAUGCGCUUUUUAACAGUUUCAUGAAAUUUAAUUGUUAAAAAGCAGAAAUAUGUAUUGAUAUGCAAUUUUAUUUUCUGUGAUCAAAUUCUUUAAAGUUUAUGCAAUAUGUAUUGUUUUUCAGUUUUUAUUGCUGAUUUACUCCAAAUAACAGUUGUAUACAGACCAGCAUUUAAAGCUAAUAUGCACAAGAGAGUUUCAUUUCAUAAGCUAUCACGCUCACAGGCCUACAAAAGAUUAAAGUAUUACAGAGAGCAAGCUGCAAUAAAUCAUAGCUCUGAUACAGACUCAAACAGUGGCAAUGUAGAUUUUGAGAACUUGGUUACUGAAAUACCUCUUCAUCAACUAGUUGAUUCACCUUCACUAGUAUUGCAACCUAUGCAGAUACCACUUCCUCAACCACUCACUUCCCAAACACAACUUCCUCAUACUCCUCUGCCUCCUAUACUAGAUGAUUCAUCAGAUGAACCUGUCUCUUUUUCAAGUGACGAAAAAAUAAAUAUUAAACAAGAGUUGGCAACCUUUGUGGUGGAGUCUGCUUUACCUGAAAGUGCAACAAAUAAACUAUUAAAGCAGCUAAGAAAGCAUAAGUGUUUCAAUGAUGAAUUACCAAAAACACGUAAAGCCUUGCUAAGAACUCUUACAGAUAUAAUUGUGCUACGAGGUCAUUACUAUCACUUUGGAAUCAGAGCAGGAUUAAUUCAAUCAAUUCAAGAAACAAAUGAUAUUUUGGAAAAUAAUAGUACUCUUGAAAUAUUAAUAAACAUUGAUGGUAUUAGUAUUAGUAAAAGCAGUACAAGCCAGUUCAUGUCAAUAUUGGGGAAAGUGAAUAAUUUAGAUUUAGUCUCUGUCUUUAAAAUCGGUGUAUAUCAUGGACUUAAAAAACCUGAUUCAUUAAAUUUAUACCUAAGUGAUUUUGUUGAAGAAUGCAUUAAACUGUCCAACAAGGGGAUUGAUUUUGAAAAUAAACAAUUUAAUGUUCGAAUAAGUGGUUUUGUUUGUGACCUUCCAGCUAAAAAUUUCAUCCUUAAUACAAUUGGACAUACAGGGGAAUGUUCCUGUACAAAAUGUGAAGUGAUCGGAGAAAGAAUAAACAACAGACAGGCUUUCUUGGAGAUUGACGCAGCGCUUAGAACAGAUGCAUCCUUCAGAGCUAGGCAACAGCCGGAACAUCACCAUGGUGAAACACCCCUUGAGCAAAUACCUUUCUUAGAUAUAGUAACUAUGAUAGUUAUUGACCCUAUGCACCAAAUUUACAUUGGCACCGUAAAAAAAAUUUUAAAAGAGUUAUUCGGAAAAGCGCCAUCUGUAAAUAAGCUUAAUAUAAGAAUAAGAGCCAAAGUCUCUGAUAAAAUCAUGACCAUUAGUAAUGAAAUCCCAUUGGAGUUUCAACGUCGCCCUCGAGAACUAACAUACUUAGCAUUAUACAAAGCCACAGAAUUUCGUCUUUUUUUACUUUAUAUUGGUCCUCUUGUUAUGAAAAAAAUACUUGAUGGUUCGCAAAGAAAUGAAGCUCUAUAUUGUCAUUUUUUAAAUUUACAUGUUGCAACAAGUAUUCUUGCUAGACAAGCAACUCCUCCUGAGAUUGCAUAUUGUGAAAAAUUACUUAAAAAUUUUGUUUCUGAUUUUGCUAUGCUAUAUGGAAACUAUCUUGUGAGUGCUAAUAUCCACUCUCUAAUCCAUAUAGCUAAUGAUGUGAGGAAAUUUGGGCCGAUUGAAAAAUACUCUGCAUUUGUGUUUGAGAAUGCAAAUAGGUAUAUUCGAAAUAUGCUGAAGACAUCACCUAACCCAUUACAACAGAUAGUAAAGCGUGAACAUGAAAGAAAGAUAAAUUUACCUGUAAAAAAGUCCAAUAAAUUUGAAAAUAUUGAGUUUUCAAAACAACACAUAAAGGGUCCACUCAUAGAUGCAACCAAUGGACCGCAAUACACAUCAGUAAAAUUUGAAACUUUCACUUUAAAAUGUAGUAGUCCCAACAACUGCUUUAUGACAAGCGAAAAUGAGGUUUUCAUAUUGGAGAAUAUCGCUCGAUCAACAGAAAGCAAUCAACGUAUCCUGAUUGCAAGAAAGUUUACUAGGCUUCUUGAUUUAUAUGUAUUUCCGUGUAGAUCUUCAAACCUAAAUAUUUAUUUAGCCAUGCACUUGGGUGCACUGCAAAUUGUCCAACUUCAAAUAGUGAAAGCCAAAUGUGUCAAACUUACUAGCGAUGACAAUUCAUUUGCAAUUUUUCCACUUAUACAUUGUUAAUAAACUUUAAACUCAUUUAAAUUUGCAUGAUUACAUAAAAUAUAUGAGAAAAAAAAGUAAAUAUUUGUGUGUAUAUUUAUGUGUAUAUUAUAUAAAUACUGCAUAGUUAUAUUUAUUCUUUUUAUAUCAAAUGAUGGUAUAAAUAUGUGAAGUGUGCAGGGUAUUAGCCAACACAAUCGCACUGGGGGAUUCCCAAUGGGUUUAUAAUUCCCAAUAUUUUAAUGACCUUUUUUUUUUUUUUUUUGUUGUUGUUGAAGUAAUAGGACAAUAUCAAUAAAAAAUUUCCAAUAUUUUGUAGAACAACAGUUUAUAUUUCCAAUAUCAUAAAAACGCAGUAAAAAUAAAUUCACAACACAUCAGGCUAACACCCUGAUGUGUUUUGAAUAAAGUCAAUAUAUAGGAAAAAGUAUAUAUAAUAUAUAAAAUCUUUAAAAACUAUAAGAAUUAUAUAAUCUUUAAAGAAUUUUAAUUCGUUUCUCCAGAUGUCAAGCAAUUAUGUUGCAUUCCGGUUCAAAACACCAUAUCUGCAUUCAAUGUAUGCCCCAAUGGCCUGGUUAGUAGACUCUGCAAAUUGUUAUUGGCCUUGCAAUCUAACAGAGGAAGAAGAAGAGAAGUUAAUUGAAUCUUGUGUUGAACCUCUUACUGGAGUAUAUGAGUGGCAGCUCUACCAGGGUAGUAUUCUAAGAAAGAA